AUGGUACAAAGCCAGCUGGGCACAAAGAACAGCCGCGUGGCGCAGUGGUGGAAGAUCGAACAAAAAGGUGUGACUUUUUGCACUUUGCGGAGCGAGCUGAAACUGCGUGCCCCAGAUGGACUACUCAUCUGGUCCAGUGGUGACGAGGUAUGGGAGUGGUUGAUCCCAGGAUCCAAGCCACCAGAGGAGGUCAUCUACGCAGAGGUCUUUGUUGAAGCCUCCGAGCCGAGCAGAGGUUGCCUGGACUCUCCCAGUUCCAAGCGGCUGGGCCACUUCGAAGUGGACCUGGUGGCAUUUGAGCACAAAGAGGAUGAGCUGCCGCAGCGAUUGGUGAGCCACUUCUUCACACCCGCUGAGGCACGCUAUCCGCAUGGGGUGAAUGCCGUGGCGGCCACGGCGUGCGGGAGCUCCGUCGUCAAACGCAGUGCUCAACGACUCAGCUCAGCGUCCGUCCGGCGAACCGUUAAUCCUCCAUGGCGAGAUCUGCUUAUGAGAUACGUAGGUUCGCUGAUCCAAUGGAUCGCUUUGCUGGUCCUCGUUUCAGGAAAACCGGGUGAGCUCUUCCUGACGCAGGUUUGCCACCAUGGAAGGCAGCCGCUUCGACUGUACAGUCUCGAGUUGACAAAUUCUUCAGAUGCUGAUGACAUCUUCAAGGCCACGGCUGUCAGUAUUCAAAUGCACGAAAUGCUACGAACCAUUUCGAAUGCUGGACGAAUGAGCCGAUUACGUGCUGUGCGCAAGUUGGGCUUUGACUGCUUUCCGACUGGCAAAUGCCGCGCCUGGCUUGGGGGUCUUCAAAUGCGGAGUGGAGAAUGCUUGGCUUUUCAUAUCCUGGGAGCCGGACACAGCACUGUGUUGGGAGCUGGUGACAGCCGUCGGUGGAAGCAAGACGAUGACCAUGAUGAAUUUUCUGACGUUUGGCCUGGGAAGUUUGUGAAGUGGGGUGCACAAGCAGCUGGACUGUCUGGAGCCUUUCAGCAUGGGCUGCGCAUGGUUCGGGCUCCGAGCAGGUGGUGCUUUGUCUCUCCGAACAAGGAUCUGCGUUUUCACCUUUGGAAGCUGAAUUGCGGUGGACGAAGUGGACGAAGUGGACGAAGUCAGCGAAAGGUGGCGGCGGCAACGGUGGCGUCCAAAGCUUGGUUGAGAGAUGCAUUCAAGAUCUUCGAACGCCUGAACCCGUUGGUUCCAUGGAUGCCAUUGGAGAUGCUGCCCUUCAAUCAUCCUUUGGCAAGGCCGUGGUUCCGCACCGAACCCGCGGUUUUGAGUUGCAACAGCAGCUGCUAUGACUGGCGCUGGUCGCAACUGCGCCAGCAGCUGUGGGCUUGGCAUCGCGCUGAAAACCUGAGGACGCUGCCACUGGUACCAUAUGAAGUGGUGGAUCUGAUUUCCAGCUUGGUGAAUCCCUUGAGCUUGCUGGAGGGCAUGAACGCAUUCAUGAAAGGCAUGGCAUCAGGUGCCUACGAGCGAUCUCAGGAAGGUUGGUUGCCUAUUCCGAUGUUCAAAGACAUGUGCGUCCUUGGGCACAUCUCUGUGAUGUUCGUUGCUGUCCUGGUGUCGUACCAAGCAGGCCAACCCAACCUGGACCUUUUAGAAAGCCUCUACGUCACGGUCUUCCUGCAGGGCAUUUGGGUGCUGCUGGAUGGGCAGUUGUGGCCAAUCAUUGCCGCUGACUUCGUGAAGUUGAAUGAGUUGCACCAUCGGAGCUCGCAUCGGAAGGUGGGCCCCGUGGGCCAAGCCUGGCAGCGUUGUCCCUGUGCGACGCUUCCAGGUGAUCAUCCAGGUCAUAGAGGAAUCGCACAGAGGAGCAAUGUGGGACACUGGAACGUGGCUCUCAUUGGUGGCCACAACUACGUCUUUGACAUUGCCCUGGGGUUGCGAGAAGCCAGCAUGGCACUCUCGAUUCCAGCAAACUUGAACUUGCUUGGGUACGAACUUGCCGAGAAGUUUGCAGCCUCUGCAGAGUAUUGUGAGUUGCUGGGUGCCGGCUUUUGUCUGCGCGAUGGCAACGUGAAGCAUCUCAUUCGUGUGCUGUCCGAACCAAACCAUGGCCUUGAGAAGCACCAUGCCACCUUGGUGUCAUCGAGUGACUCCUUGCUUCAGGCCAAUGCGUCGGGCCUUGAUCUGGCUGCAGCUCAAGAAGAAGCUCGGAGAGCGUAUUUGCAGAGCCCUGUGCUGCAGGGCGCUGACUUCGUUGUUUGCACCUUCCCGUAUGUACUGGCCUACCUGUUGGAUGACGUGCCAGAGCUCCGACAGUCUGUCCUGUUGAUUUGGCAGGGAGGAUCCUUGUUGGAAUACCUGCAUGAGGACCUACAUGAGUGGGCGCAAGGAAAAUUGCUUCAAUGGCGAACAAGGAGGCUGUACGUCAUGAACCACCUGGACCAUCAUUGGCUACGAAGGACUGUGGGUUCGGUGCCUUUUGUGCCCUUCGGAGCUCGGCAUGUGCAUGGUGUGUUGGAACGUCAACUGGGCAACGUCUAUGGCUCCAAUAGCAGAUCAAAACAAGUGCUGGUGCACAGGAUGCAUUUCAUCCUCUCUCAAACGGAGUUCACUCUGCUGAAGACGCUCAUGGAACAUCACUUUGAGUCAAAGGUCAGCGAUAUAGAUCUCAAGCUUCACUGGCCACCGUUUGAGAUCUGGGAACUCAUCAAUUUCAAGGCAAUUGUGCUGUUCCCAUGGAACCUCGAGAUCACCACUUUUCUGGAAUUCUACCGGCUUAACAUUCCUCUUUUCGUCCCAGAUUCGAGUUUCAUGUCCGUGGUGGUUUGGUGCUACAUGGUGAAUCCGGCCUUGCAGCACGUGCAUCGCUUCACUACAAUCAGGAAGGAAUGGUGGCAUGGAGCUUCCUGUCAUCUACAACCAUCACCAGAGGAGUGUGCUGGGGCUGAACCAGACUCAAUUCCUCCAUGGUUGGAUUCCGAGAACGAGAUGCCACUGUACAAACAGAUCAACAGCUGGUGGCAAGAAACAGACUACGUGAAGAUGCCCCACGUUCAACACUUCACUGGAGUGGUUCAUCUGCUGCAGCAACUUCAUCACUUUGAUGCUCAUUCUGUUGUCAAGAGAAUGCGAGCGGCAAAUCUGGCAGAUCAAAUGAAGUCCGCAGGUGUUUACGAAGCAAUGUUGGGCACCAGGUGA